AUGCAGGCCUCACACGAUGCGCCGAGUUAUGUGCGCAGGCAUACGCCUCAAAUCUCCAUAUCAGACGACAACCACCACGUCACAGAGGCCAUCGGAGGCAUGUACGGCAGCGACGACGACGACUACCUGACGCCCUCGAACCGCAACUCGCGACCCCUCAGUUUCGUGGGUUCCGCCCUGGAGACCUACCAACUCGCGCCCUCGUAUCUCGAUACCAAGCGCUCUUCGCCUCCUCGCUCUCCACUCCAGCAGACGGGCAGCAAUGAGAAACUGCCCUCAUCCGAUACUGCUACGCGCAAGGGCAGCCUCGGCUCCGAGAACUUACCUCUGGACUCAUCCUCUCCCCCAACAUUGUCUAGGAAAUCGUCGUCGUCGGCCGAGACGGCAGUACAGCAGUUCCNNCCCCUGAACGACAUUGACUAUGAGUCGAGUCCUGCCGCUGUAGCUCAAGAGCUCAACAAUCUGCAAGCCAUUCGCCGCAUGUCUAUGAGUGUCGACAAUGCAGACCCGGACCUCCCUAGCUUUGGCGCAUCCUCUCCCACUUCACCAGAGGCUACUGACGAUGAUGAUGAAGCCUCGCGCUUAUUUUGGGUACCAGCGCGCUUACACCCCGAACUUGCCCCCAAGGAAUUCAAGACAUUUGUCGAGGACCGCGUUGACCGGAUAAGGAAGCGGUCUGGGUCUGGGGAUUCUCUGAUGCCUGGGGUAGAAAGAUCAAAUUCUGGUAGUAGUCUCACAAGGAAGAAGAGCAUGCUUUCACGCCAGAUUGAUUCGUCCAAGGGAUAUGAAGAUGGCGCGGAACGCUUACAACGGAAACGAUCAGAGAGGGAGCAAUCGCAGACUUCGCCAACAGCCGAAAACUUGCAAGAGCUGGAAGGUCUGGUCAACAACGUCAAUCUUGAUUCUGCUAGGAAUAGUCUUGAUUCCGGUGUUCAGAUGGCCGAUGCACCCAUUCUGCCUGCACCUGGACCUGCGCUGAAGCGCUCGACAAGAACCUAUAUGCGCAAGGAUCGCACACCCUUUUCCAGACGAGGUCUUAGCCGCCAAUCUGAAAACAGCAGGCAAUCUGAAUCUGAUGGUGAAGGAAGCCGAGCGCCCUCGCCCGCGCUGUCGAUGCGAGAGCCGCCCUCCCCAGGCAUCAAUCGUGUACAGACCGAGCCUGCGCAAGCUCGUGAUGCUGCUGCUGGUGCUGGACGUCUGACCUCUGCGUCUUCAGAAGAUCUGGUCCAACAUAAGACGACGGCUAGCCAAGUCAAGGAUAGUAGCUCUUCUCAAAGUUCUGUGCCCGUCACCACCUUCCACUCCAAGAUUGCUACCAAUGGCCGGACGACUGCUGCCAUUCCCGGUGCUAGUAGUCCGAUCCCGCAGAUAGUCGAGACGCCUCCAGCUGCCAACAGCUUUACCGUUCCAGAGCGGAAAUCAUCACAUGUUCCACCUUCUACCUCACUAUCAUCUCAGCAGCAGCAGCAACACCCGACUCCUUCACAUGGACCAACGCAGCAUCAUGCCCCACCUCGUGCUCGACCCAGUGCUAGAGGUGCUCACUCCCGUCCUUCACUUAUGCAUUCCAACUCGUCCCGAUCCACCAAAUCUACGCUGGAAGACAUAUCCUCUCAUCCAUCACCUCUCCCUGGCAGCGGAAACACGCGAACUGAUGCUCUCACUAUGGUACCGACAUACGAAGAGAAGAAAGUCGAGAAGAAAGACAGUCGCAAAACUAGUUGGAACUGGCUUCUCGGUAGCGAAGAGAAAGACAAGGAANAAGAGCGUAGGACGGAAGACAAGGAGCGCGAAAAGGAGGCGUCCAAGAAGUUGAAGGCUGCUGCUAAGCAACAUCCCAAGACCGCAGAGAAGACCCGCUUGGACGUCCUGCAAUCCUCCAUCGACGGCAACGCUGCUGUUCCCAAAGGUCGGGAAUCACUGGUACUCGAUCGUGAAAGCUUUAGACUCGAGGAAGAGCGAAAGAAAGAAAGCACUAGGAAGUCUGCGGAUGGUAGGAAAGACAAGGAUUCGGGCAUUCUGUCCGCCAUCUUUGGAGGUGGUAAGCGAUCAAAAGAGCACAAGCAACAACACCAAGCGCCAAAGGAGUCUCUGCGUGCACCAUCUCCAGAGCCAGCUCCGAGAAUACUUCGACCGGAUAUUGAUUAUAAUUGGACGCGGUUUAGCAUAUUGGAAGAGCGAGCCAUCUACCGAAUGGCACACAUGAAGCUCGCCAACCCUAGGAGGCCACUACACAGCCAAGUCCUGCUCUCGAACUUCAUGUACAGCUAUCUGGCCAAGGUGCAGAUGUAUCAUCCGCAGAGUCAAGUCCCAGUAGCACAGAAGACAGCCCAGGCUAGACAGCAGCAAUUGCAGCAACAACACCAACAGCAAACGCCCGAGCAGCAACACGACGGUGUUGAGGCGGAUGGAACGCAGCACCAGUCUGAUUCUCACGCUUCUGCCGGCGCCGAAGUGCCUGCUCAGAACAUUCAUGAGACUCCUACCAAUAACACGAGUCAGAAAGACUACCUGGGAUACUCGACUGACUCACAGCCAUUCGGUGAUCAGAGCAGUCUCUGGCAAGACGAAGAGAAGAGUGAAUUGUGGUGA